GCAUUCAUUGUAUCCUUCUUUUUAGAACAAGCUACGUACUGUGACGGUGAAGGCUCUUUCAAAGGAGUUAGCAGUCGGUAUUAAAAGAUUCCAUUUUAUUCGGCCAUAAAAAUCCGUCAGAAGCAAAAAUUGCCACAAAUUUGCGAGACAUCGAUCCAUUUUCUCCGUAAUGUCGUCUAACUGAGUGUCAUAUCGUGCCGUUUUUCGCUGGCAACGUAGUAGUGACUCCGGCCAUAAUGGCCGACGUCGACGACCCGUGGUCGUCGUCGCCGUCGACUUCAACGCCGUCGUUCCGGUUCCGGUGGGACGUGUUCCUCAGCUUCAGAGGCGAAGACACUCGCCACACCAUCACCGACCGCCUCUACACGGAGCUCGUACGGAACGGAGUUCGAACGUUCCGCGACGAGGAAGGUCUCGGCCGCGGCGACGAGAUCGCUCCGAGUCUCCUGACGGCGAUAGACGAGUCGGCCGCUUCGAUCGCCAUCAUAUCGGAGAACUACGCGUGGUCGAGGUGGUGCCUUGAAGAGCUCGCCAAGAUCACCGAGUGCCGGAAGCUGAUUCUUCCGGUGUUUUACAAAGUCGAUCCCUCUGAUGUUAGGAGACAAAAAGGACCAUUCGGAGCGGCUUUUGACAACUUAGAGCAGCGAUUCGGAGAAGAACAGGUCGCGAGAUGGAGGAAAGCCAUGAAAAAAGCCGGUGAUACCUCCGGUUGGGAUUCCAGGCGCUGGGAAGAAGAACGGUUAAUCCAAAAUUUAGUCAAGAACGUUUUGACUAAACUAAGUAAUAUACCAUUGGGCGUUGCUAAAUAUCCAGUUGGACUUAAUUCUCGUCUUGAAAAAUUGAUAGGAAUGUUAGAUGUUAAAGCUAACGGUGUCCGAGCCGUUGGUUUUUAUGGAAUGGGUGGGGUUGGCAAGACCACCCUUGCCAAGGCUCUUUACAAUAAACUUGUCAUUCACUUCAAACGGCAUAGCUUUAUUUCAAAUGUAAGAGAAAUUUCGCAACAGCAUAAUGGUUUAACAUCUCUCCAGAACAAACUUAUUGGUGAUCUUUCCCCGAAUUCUACGCCAAGCGUAAAUGAUGUUAGUAGAGGUAUCAUUUCAAUCAAGGGGGUUAUUCAUGAGGAGCCAAUUCUUCUUGUUCUAGAUGAUGUUGAUGAUGUAAGCCAACUUGAUGCUCUAGCUGGUGCUAGAGAUUGGUUCUACGAAGGCAGUCGAAUCAUUAUCACCACAAGAGAUAAGGAAAUUCUACUUGAAAAAAUUGUAAAUAAAUUCUAUGAGGUAGAAGAGUUGACUUCUUCUGAGUCGCUUCAACUUUUCAGUUAUCAUGCAUUUGGAAGAGAGCAACCCCCGCCACAGUUUAUGAACGUCUCUGAGAAAAUUGUGUCGCUCACAGGUAGACUGCCGCUUGCUCUGGAGGUAUUUGGUUCUUUUUUGUUUGACAAGAGGAGGAUAAAGGAAUGGGAAGAUGCAUUGCACAAGUUGAAACGAAUUCGUCCUGGUCAACUUCAAGAUGUGUUGGAGAUAAGUUUCAAUGAGCUAGAUGAUCAAGAAAAGUGGAUAUUUCUUGACAUUGCAUGUUUUUUUGUUAAUAAGAGAAUGGAAAGAGAAGAUGCUAUUGACAUAUUUAAGGGCUGCGGUUUUAAUGCUGAAAUAGCAAUCACUGUCCUCACAGGAAAAUCUCUCAUUAAGAUCAUUGAUGGCAAUAUUUUGUGGAUGCAUGAUCAACUUAGAGACAUGGGAAGACAAAUAGUUCAGUGCGAAAACCCUGAAGAUCCUGGCAUGCGUAGCAGGCUGUGGGAUCAUGAUGAAAUAAUGGACGUUUUGAAGAAAGACAAGGGAACAAGAAACAUUCAAGGGAUCACCCUUGACGUUGAGAAGAAGCAUGAUUUAAGUUCUGAACAAAUCUGUUGGGCAAACUUUCAAACAAGCCCUGGUUUGGCAUCUGCAUAUUCAUACUUAAAGGAAAUAUACAAGAAAUAUUCUGGCCAUGGGGCAGAGGAGGAGAAAGAUGUGAUACUUUGCACUAAAGCUUUUAAAUCUAUGCUUCACCUAAGGCUUCUUCAGAUUAAUCAUGUGAAAUUGGUUGGAAAUUUUAAAUUACUACCUGCUGAGUUGAAGUGGCUGCAAUGGAAAGGAUGCCCUUUGAAAACUCUUCCUUCUGAGUUUCGCUCCGGGGAUCUUGCUGUCCUUGAUCUCUCAGAAAGCAAUAUUACACAAGUGUGGGGUUGGAGAUGGUGGGACUGGGGUUGGAGAUGGUGGUACUGGAACAGGAACAAGAUGGCUGAGAAGUUGCUGGUUAUGAAGCUCCAUGAUUGCCCCUUUCUUACUGAAAUCCCUGAUCUAUCUGGGCUCCCUUUGGAGAAAUUGAUUCUUAAAAAUUGCAAGGGACUAGUUAAGAUGCAUAUAUCAGUUGGGGAUUUAAGUACAUUAACGCACCUGAACUUGAAAGGCUGUUGGAACCUUGUGGAAUUUCCGAGCGAUAUCUCUGGAUUGAAACACCUUGAGAACCUUGUUCUCUCUGGUUGCUUGAAACUGGAAGAACUACCAGAAGACAUGAGCAGUUUGAAAUUCUUAAGGGAGCUGCUCAUCGAUGAGACAGCAGUAGUAAAGCUUCCGGACUCUAUAUUUCGCCUGAAGAAGCUUGAAAUAUUCAGUUUAACUGAUUGCAAAUCAUUGAAACAACUACCUGGUUUCAUAGGGAAAUUGACUUCCCUGAGAGAGCUUUUCCUUGAUGGUUCUGCUUUAGAGGAAAUGCCUGAUUCUGUUGGAGAGUUGGCAAAUCUUGAGAAGCUAAGUUUGAGGAGAUGUAGGUCACUCACUUCAAUUCCUGAUUCAAUUGGCAAUCUCAAAUCUUUAAUUGAACUUUUUCUUGACAGAAGUUCAAUAGAGAAACUGCCAGAUUCUGUUGGUUUAUUAUCCCUUUUAAAGAACCUCACAGUUGGUCAUUGUCGAUGCCUGGGGAAAUUGCCCACUUCCAUAGAAGGAUUAGCAUCUUUAGUUUGGCUCGAGUUAAAAGAGACAUUAAUUACGGAAGUACCAGAUCAGUUAGGCGCCUUGACCACUCUUGAGAAGCUUGAGAUGGGAAACUGCGAGUCGCUUAAAUGUUUACCAAAGUCAUUAGGUAACAUGUCAAAUCUAACUAAUUUGUCUCUGGAUAAUGCCAUAAUAACAGAGUUGCCAGAAACCAUAGGGUCGUUGGAAAGACUUGAAGUGUUGAAAUUGAACAAUUGUAAAUAUCUUCGAACACUACCAGCUUCAAUUGGAAGAUUGAAACGUUUGCGUUACUUCCUCAUGUCUGAAACUGCUGUGACAGAAUUACCUGAAGAAUUUGGGAUGCUUUCAAGCUUAAAAAUAUUAAAAAUGGGAAAACAGCCAUAUUCAGAGCAGAAAGAUUCAGCUGAACAGGAAAACCUCAAGCUAGCUGUUCUUCCAAUGUCAUUUUCAAAUCUCUCUUUAUUGGAAGAACUGGUCGCUUUUGCUUGGAGAUUGUCUGGCAAAAUUGCUGAUGAUUUUGAAAGGUUAUCAUCAUUGGAAAAUUUGAAUCUUGGUCACAAUAAUUUUUGCAGCCUCCCAUCUAGCUUGAAGGGUCUUUCCAUUCUCAAAAAUUUGUGUUUGACCCAAUGUAAAGAGCUCAAGUUUCUCCCUCCACUUCCAUCAAGUUUGAUUAAGUUGGAUCUUGCAAAUUGUACUGCAUUGGAGAGUAUAUCAGAUCUUUCUAAUUUGGAGAGUUUGCUGGAGCUAUGGCUUACAAAUUGCAAGAAGUUGACAGAUAUUCCUGGCCUGGAACGCUUGAAGUCUUUGAGAGUGUUGUGUACUGGUGGUUGCAAUGCUUGCUCUCCGGCAGUAAAGAGAAGACUUGCUAAGGUAGCUUUAAAGCAUUUGAGCACUUUGAGCAUUCCUGGGACAAAGAUUCCAGAGUGGUUUGUUCAAGAAAUACAUAGUUUCUCAAGUCGCAGAAACUGUGAACUCAAAGGUGUGAUUAUAGGUGUUGUAGUCUCUCUUGACCAGCAAACACAGGAUGAUUACAGACGUCGACUCCCAGCAAUAGUGGAUAUUCAAGCGAAGUUGAUCAGACUUAACGGCCCAUUACACAAUGCCACUACCACACUCAAAUUAUAUGGAAUCCCUGACACAGAUGAAGAUCAUCUCUACCUGGUUCGUUUUCAGGAGUUUCAUCAGUUUGUUCGUAUGUUGAGUGAUGGUGAUAAGAUACAGAUUGCAACGAGACCGACACCAUUCUUUAAUGGAUUAAAGCUGAAGAAGUAUGGGAUUUAUUUGGUUUACGAAAAUGAAGAUGACAAUGACGACGAUGAUGAAGAACAAUUCAGUGAAUCCCAGCAGUCAGUGUCAAAGAAAAUAGCCAAGUUUCUAAGCUCACUAUAACUAUGGUCAUUAUUGAGCAUUAUAAUGUUGUAGUUCUGUGUGUUUGUGUGUGUGUGUGUUUUUGGGUGCUUCGUUCUGUUUGGAAAACGAUACUCGUUACAUUGCAUUAUAUUUCAUAACUUUGUAAUUUCAUGUAUCUUAUUUUUAUAGAGUUGGAAUUCUGGGGUGGUUUUUCAUUGACA